AUGCCCGCGUUAUUGGAACAAGCGGAUGCGGAUUUAGCGAGUUUGGUGAAUGGGUUGGACGAGGGAGAUUCUAGAGGUGUGCUUGUAACGGACGGAUCAAUGGUGGAUGUUCAGCACUGCGAAGGUGUGACUAAAACGGGGAAUUUUUGCGGUCCCGUUACAGAAGGGGAGGAGAGAGCUGCGGAUGGGGCUUGUAUCGAAAGGAUGGACGAUGCGGGAGAGCCGGACGAGCUGGAUACGUUUGAUCUGACGCAAAUGGAGGGUCUAGAUCUGCCGAUCGUCAUGUCGGAGGUUAAUCUGGACGAGAUCUCGGGAAUCUCGUCCGCAGAUUUUCUCCCAGAUCUCCCAGAAGAUAUGUUCGCGGAUCUCCCGUUAGACGCACCCUUCGAUGUAGUCACACUGUGUGAAGACUCGUCAGAUUGUGCAGCUAGGGAGGGGUUGAGCGACGCCCAUCCUUCUGAUGCUCGCUGUGAGGCUACAGCAGAUGGUUCUGCGAGCAACGUUGAACCAGCUUCUGCUGUCAGUUUCCCUGCUUCCUCACCACCUCCCCCCACCACGCCCGGAAACCCCCCAGUGAUCCCCUCUUCCUCCCCCUCAACCUCCCCCAGUCCGCUCCUCAAGCUUCCCCCUUUCCGCCCCCCCCAGCCGCUGCUCCGCGCUGCUCCCCCUUCCGGGAGUGGAAGAGGAGAGGCGGUUAAGGAAGGAGGAGCGGUGAAGGGGGAAAGAGGAGAAGCAGCAACAGAAGCACCAGCAGCAGCACCAGCAGCAGGUUUAGUUGGGGGAAAGAGGGGCGCAGCAGGUGUGAACCAGCAAAUGGCAGCAGUAGUGGCGCUGAAUCGGCUGCUGCAGCAGAGGCAGAUGCUCAGUAACCCGGCAAACAAUCCCAAGCAGCAACUGCUACUCAGAGCUCUCACCGCUGCUGCCACCACAGGCUCGGGCGUUCCGCCAGCUGCUCUAGUCUCGGUCAUUGCAGCCUCGGCAGCAGCCUCGGGGGCUGCCUCGGCAGUUGCCUCGGCGGGAGCUUUGUCAGCAGGUUCGGAAGCAGGUUCGGGUGCAGGUUUGGCUGCUGGUGAAGCUUCUUGUGCCAACGCAGCUCAGGUGUUUGCUCAGGUGGCUCAGGUAGUGCUUCAGGCGCCUCAGGUGCCCCAGGUGCCGAAUCUGCCGCAGGGUUCUCCUGGCAAGUCUGGGAUGGAAAUCAACACAGCACUGCUUGCCUCUCUGCUCGCCACUGCUACCUCCUCUCCCUCGUUUGCCGCAGCCGCUGCUGCUCCUGCAGGAUCAGGACACGUGGCAGCUGGGGUAGCAUCUGGACCGUCCAUCUCACGUGUGAAGGACGAGGGAGAUGCUGUGAUGGAGGAGGCAGGGGCGUGGGGACGCAUCCCCAUCUCCUCUGCCGUGGAUUCUGGAAGUGGGAUGCGGCAGCGGCAGCUCAGCACUAGCCAUUCUGCGGUGACAACCACUCGAGUCUGCCUAGCAGCAUGUGACAUCAGCCCCACGGCCGUCUCCCUCACCACCCACACUCUCCUUGCCUCCCUUUCUUCCCCUGCUUGUCCUUCUCCCUUCUUUCCUCCCAGAGCCACCACUCAAACCUGCCUAGCAGCAUGUGACAUCAGCCCCACGGCUGUCUCCCUCACACAGUGUCUAGCCACCACUCAAGUCUGCCUAGCAGCAUGUGACAUCAGCCCCACAGCUGUCUCCCUCACCACCCACACUCUCUCUCACGCCCUGGGGCAGCACACAGCCACACGCCGGUUCCGGGGGUUUGUGUGUGACGUGGCACAGGGGGACCUUCAGGCUGCCCUGACGUCCAGAUUCACUGCACCUGGAAUCCACUCUGUGCUGGCCCCGGGGGGGCUCUUGCUGUUCAGAGACUAUGGGGUGUUUGACAUGGUCAUGUUUCGCCUGCAGCAGCAACCGUACUUCUUUUCAGUGGAAGAGGUUCGGGUGCUAACGGGUGCUGCUGGGUUUGAGUGCGAGGAGGUGGAAUACUGUUGUGUGCGGAAUGAGAAUCGGAGGAAGGGUAGGGAGAUGAAGCGCGUGUGGGUGCAUGGCGUGUUCAAGAAGGGGAGUGGCUAA